AUGAUAAAUUCUACCAAUUGCUUGUAUCUCAACCUAAAAGUCGAGAAUCUCCUGAAGCUGUGUAAAACACUAAAACAUCUGCAUCAGUUUCACGCCCAAUUCAUCACUUCCGGUCGAAUCUCCAAUGAUUUCAACAGACACUCUGUUUUCGCCAAUAUCCUCUUCGCCAUUACCUCUAUCUCGCCGUCUCCGACAGCGACACCGGCUUUAUCGAACUCUUCGUCGGCAUUGAAUGCGGUCGUGAGUUACGCGACUUCAGUUUUCAAACUCAUCACAAACCCAUCAACGUUUUGCUUCAAUACGAUCAUUAGAGUUUAUACGCUUCAUGGGUCGUCUCUGUCUCCUCACCGUUUCUUCGUCCAGAUGCGGCGUCGCUCUGUUCCUCCCGAUUUCCACACCUUCCCUUUCGUAUUAAAGGCUUUUGCAAAGGAGAAUGGUAAUCUUACAUUAGUCAAGACGCUGCAUUGUCAAGCUUUGAGAUUCGGAUUGUUGUCUGAUUUGUUCACUUUGAACACUCUGACUCGUGUUUAUUCAUUGAUUGCUCCAAUUGGUAGUGCACUGCAGCUGUUCGACGAAAAUCCUCAAAGAGAUGUUGUCACGUACAAUGUGUUGAUUGAUGGGUUAGUGAAGGCACGUGAGGUUGUUCGUGCACGGCAGUUGUUCGAUUCAAUGCCUUUCCGUGAUUUGGUUUCGUGGAAUAGUCUCAUUGCUGGGUAUGCGCAGAUGAAUCAGUGCAGAGAAGCAAUCAACCUCUUCAACGAAAUGAUUGCUUUGGGUCUCAAACCGGAUAACGUCGCGAUUGUUUCAACUCUUUCAGCUUGUGCACAAUCAGGAGAUUUAGAGAAAGGGAAAGCUAUUCAUGAGUACACGAAAAGGAACAGACUUUUCGUAGAUUCGUUUUUAGCUACUGGUUUGGUGGAUUUCUACGCAAAAUGUGGUUUCAUCGAUACUGCAAUGGAGAUCUUCAACUUAUGUUUAGAUAAAACUUUAUUCACAUGGAAUGCAAUGAUCACUGGUCUUGCGAUGCACGGUUACGGCGAGCUAACAGUUGAUUACUUCCGUAGGAUGGUUAGUUCUGGAAUCAAACCAGACGGAGUAAGCUUCAUUAGCGUCUUAGUUGGUUGCAGCCAUUCUGGUCUAGUUGAUGAAGCCAGGAAGCUUUUCAACCAAAUGGGAUCUUUGUACGAUGUCGAUAGGGAGAUGAAACAUUACGGGUGUAUGGCGGAUUUGCUUGGAAGAGCAGGGUUGAUCGAAGAAGCAGCGGAAAUGCUCGAGCAAAUGCCAAAAAAUGGAGGAAACCGAGAGAAACUCUUAGCCUGGAGCGGUUUGUUGGGCGGAUGUAGAAUCCACGGGAAUAUAGAGGUCGCGGAGAAAGCUGCAGAACGAGUUAAGGCGUUGAGUCCCGAGGACGGAGGAGUGUAUAAACUGAUGGUGGAAAUGUAUGUAAACGCAGAGAGAUGGGAGGAUGUGGUUAAGGUUAGGGAAUUGAUUGAAAGAGACAAGCGAGUGAAGAAAAUUGCUGGUUUUAGUAAAGUUUUGUCUUAA